AACAGCGCUUUACUGUGAGUGCAGUCGUGGGGUCAGAGAAGGAAGUGUGAGUGUGGAGAGGUUGGGCCUGAGGCAGGAACGUGGGGAGCUCUGCCCCGCCAUCCCUCGCGGAGACUAGCGCGGUCGGUGUCUCGUAAACUUCGCUAGCAAUUCACCGCAAUGCGACAGCAUUCACAGCCCGUAACGACGAUUAUCCAUACGCCCGUGCACCAUGUACGCUUCCAGAUGGGCUCCCAAGCCCGAGGAGAAGGUGGAAGAAAAGCCUGCCGAGCAAGCGCCCGCCGCGCAGCAAACAGAAGCGCCCCCAGCUCCAUGUCCAGCUCCGGAACUGAAAGUUGACGACCCACCUACGCCUGCGGAAACGUAUGCGCCGCCACCCGUACGUACAGUUGCAUAUACCUUUCUGUUCCCAAGACGCCACGCCUCCCAGCGCACGCACGUUCACUGUUGUUGACGCAGCAACAGCCCGCCGACAUGCCUUACGACUACGCCGACUCGUCCAUCGACCCGUUCGCGCAGACGGCAGGCACAGACGACCUCUUCUUCGAUGAUGACUUCACGCCCGUCGCCGAGCCUGUGGUCGAAGAGGCGCCUGCCGAGGUCCCGCCGACAGCGCCCGUCGACACAGCAGUACCCGCCACCGGGAUGGGGCAGUCGCAGUAUGCACCACGCGGCCCUGCUAAUGGCGAGCGAGGCGGUAGGGGCCGGGGCAGAGGAGGCCGGGGCCGUGGACGAGGCCGCGGUGGCGACCAGGCCCAAGAACCACGAGAGCCCAAGGAGAAGCCAGCGCAAGAGAAGGAGGCGAAGAACGGCGAAGCAGCGGCAGAGAGUGCUCCUGCUGCAACCGAACCGCCAUCUACGCCCGCCGCGCCUAAAGAACCCAAGUCGGUCCGCGGCGAUCGCACCCUCACAGGCGGCACACCCCGCGCCCGCCUCACCGAAGACGAGAUCAACGCAAAGCUCGCGGCGAUGAAGGCCAAGAACGAGGCUCUGGCUACUGCCCACGCCCGAUCUGAAGCGGAUGCCGCCAACUUUGAGGCACGGGAAGCCAUCGCCGCGCAAAAAAAUGCCGAGCGCAAGAAACAACUGGCAGAAAGGCAGAAGAUCGAUCGCCAAAACAGGCAGCAAAUGAUGGGCGAGCGCGAGAGGAACAGGCAGAUGAAGCUCAAAGCAGUUGGUGGCAGGGAAUGGGAUUUGGAGAAGGAGGGCGGGUUCGAAGGCACUGGCGACGAACGACGGCGCGGGGCCGCAAGAGGCGCACACGGAGGAGUAGCAGGCGUCACAAGGACAGUGGGAGACGAAUACAUACAUCAGCAGGAAGAAAGCAAUACCUCUACAACCCGCGGAAGGGGUCGAGGGCGCGGCGGACGCGGUGGCAGGGGUGGUCGCGGUGAUCACCAAGGCACAGCAAAGAAACUGGAAGCCCAACCCCCGCCUUCAGCAUCCGACUUUCCCGAGCUUCCCUCCGCAUCUACCGCUGGCGCCGCCAAGGACGUUGAAGCGCCUAAGAAGCUCGACUUUCCCAUCCGGACGAAAACAGAGGACGCUGACGCUACCGAGCCUGAGCGGCCUGGUAUCAAGAAGCAGGAGUCAUUCGGCCUGCCUUCACCAAUGGCGGGAAAGAGCUGGGCCGAUGACGACUAGUAGGAUACGAUUUUGGAUCGCGUUGUGGAAUUGGACAUUACACAUACCAGGACGUGUUGAUAUCAUUUAAUUUGUGUCCGGUGGAUUGCAUAGGCAGACCGGCUGCCAAACAUGCCCUCGAAUGAUGAAUAUAUUAAUACCUCAGGUUUCGAUGGACACUGGCUCCGGGUGCGCACGUGAGUGCUAACAUUAAUCUCGUGGCUCGGGCGUGCUUGCCAUGUUCUUUGCAGUUGACAAAGUCCGGUAAGCGGUCCACACGACAAGAAGAAAGCGCAAGCACCGUUGCGUCAACUUCGGAUUCUGUUCACAUCCGCGAAACACCCACAGACUAUCACGCAGGCACCCGCCUGAGCUUAGUUACUGUUACCAUGG